CACUUUCUCUUCCACAACUCGUAGUAUUUAACCAAUUUUCAAAUCUCAAUCUCCAUUACAUUUUUUUCACAUGAUGCUGAAUCCAACCUAUUUCACCACCAUUCUCUUCACCUCUCUCCGCAAUUCAUCCUCCACCACCACAACCUUCCUCCUUCUCUACCCUUUCACAACCUUCUUCGCACGCACCCACCACAAAAAACUCCACAAACUCCCAACCUUCAACGACACCGUUUCAUCCUUCCACCACAUCCUCCACCACCACCCACCACCUCCAAUCCAACACUUCAACAAGCUCCUAUCAACCCUAAUUAAACUCAAACGCUACAACGCCGUCGUUUCACUCUACACCAUCUUACAAUCCAAACCAACCAUUAAACCCUCACUCAUCACCUUUAGUAUAUUAAUCAACGCUUUUGCUCAAUUGGGUCAAAUGGGUUUUGCUUUUUCACUUCUUGGGAACAUUCUCAAAAUGGGUUUUCAAAUUGAUGUUAGAAUACUUACUACUUUGAUGAAAGGUUUGUGCUUGAAAGGUAGGGUUUUGGAAGCUGUUAGCUUGCUUCAUGAGUAUGUUGAUAGAGGGUUUAGGUUUGAUGAGGUUUGUUAUGGGACUAUUAUUAAUGGGUUGUGUAAAAUUGGUAAAACUAGGGAUGCUAUUCAGAUGUUUCCUAAGAUGAAAAAAAUUAGGGUUUAUCCUAAUUUGAUUAUGUAUAAUACUGUUAUUGAUGGUCUUUGUAAACAAGGACUUGUUGACGAGGCUUGUGGUUUGUGUACCGAGAUGGUUGAGAAUGGUAUUGAACUUGAUGUUUAUAGUUAUAAUUCUAUGAUUCAUGGUUUUUGUUCGGUUGGUAGGUUUCAAGCUGCGGUUAAGUUGCUCGAUGAAAUGGUUGUAAGGGGGAAGGUUUAUCCGGAUGUGUAUACUUUUAAUAUAUUGAUUGACGGGUUGUGUAAGCUAGGGAGGGUUAGUGAAGCGUAUAAUGUGGUUGCGGUGAUGAUUAAAAGAGGUUGGAAGCCGGAUAUUGUUAGUUAUAAUGCUUUGAUGAAUGGUUAUUGUUUGAGUGGAAGUGUGGGUGAGGCUAAACAGGUGUUUGAUAAGAUGGUUGAGAGAACGGCUUUGCCUAAUGUUAUUAGUUAUUGUACUUUGAUUAAUGGAUAUUGUAAGGUUAGGAUGGUGGAUGAAGCUAUGGUGUUAUUAACGGAAAUGCAUAAUAAGAAUUUAGUUCCGGAUACUGUAACUUAUAAUUGUCUUCUUGAUGGUUUGUCGAAAUCGGGAAGAUCGUUGUAUGAGUGGGACCUGGUUGAGGCCAUGCGAGCCAGUGGACAACCAGCUGAUUUAAUCACUUACAAUGUAUUGUUAGAUGAUUAUUUCAAACAUGAGAAAUUUGACAAGGCACUUGCAUUGUUUCAGCACAUUAUUGAGAUAGGGAUUUCACCAAACAUACGCACGUAUAAUAUACUUCUUGAUGGUCUUUGCAAAAGUGGAAGACUAAAGUAUGCAAAAGAGAUUUUUCAACUUCUGUCUGCCAAAGGCUGUCAACCAAAUAUUCGGACGUAUAACAUUAUGAUCCAUGGUCUUUGUAAAGAGGGUUUUUUAGACGAAGCGGAGGCCUUACUUUAUAAAAUGGUAAACAAUAAUUACCUUCCUAACUAUAUAACUUUUGAUACCAUUGUUCGUGCGAUUCUGGUGAAAUAAUGGGAAUUUGUUGGGGGCUAAGAAACUUUUUCAAGGAAAGGUUGCCGGGAGAUUUAUAGGAAAAUGACAUGACAAGUGACAAGGUAUGCUACGUGUAAUCGGAUAAGUUAUUAUAUGAGAAAAAUUGGACUCGAUCAGUUAGAGCUAGCUUGUUGAUUUGAGUAGCAAUGGUUCUUCAAAGAAUAUAUUUUGAAGUAUUUUAUCUGAUUAAAAUCCUUUUGGAAAAUUAAACCAACAGAAUUAUCUAAAGAUGGGGUACGAGUAUGUUCGACAGAAGAUUUCACUCUGCUGGACUAAAAUCUGGGCUAAGAUCCUGUUAACUGGGCUCUUGUACGAUAGCAUUCUGUAGGCGGUAUUUCUCUCUCUAAAAGUUUUGAUUUUAUUAAUUGGAAUAAUUUGCCCACUUGUUUAUUCCAUUCCGAAAAGUCAGGUUUAGAAGAUUCAAUGGUGGGUCUUCACAUAUUUUCUUUAUUGCUUGAAUCAGGUAUGCUGUACCAUUUAAAACUAAGUCAUCUGUUGUGUCCCUAUUUUCAAUAUCUUGUAUCCUUUUCGAAUUAGUGCUUCAAUAUGAUCAAAAUUUGCUUUAUUUCGUUUUUUGCGAGUGGGAUUGCUCAUUUAAUUUUCUAUUUAAUUGGUUUAAGAGCCAUUCUACCAAAGUUCUGGAAUAGCCAUGUUUGGGAUUCCUCAUUUAAUUUUCUAUUCAUGAAAAUAAAUUUAAAAGGUUUUUUUAUGUGGGACCCUUGAUUGAACUUGGAUUGCAAUAUAGUUCAAAUAAGUGUGGAAGCGUACACAUGCAUGCUUUAAAUAAAAUUGUUUGAUAUUAGUGUAGUUUAUUUGGUAAGGUUUAAUGCAUGUAAAAGUUGCAAAAAGAAUUAGCUUUAAUCUAGGAUAAUUGUUACUGAACGAUGAACCAAGAGUUUACUGGUUAAUAUAUUUUAUGUAUGUCCACAAGAAAAGACAAUUAUGUUUUGUGAACCUAAGUAUUUCAUUUUACUCCUUUUGAUUUGAAAGAAAUUAAUUUUGAAGGUAUUCAUUUCAAACCAUUAAUGGGUGUUACCUUAAUCUUGGUGUUGUUGGUAGGCAUGAUUACCACCUAAGAAACCCAGAAGAGAAUCUUGAAUCUAUCACUUCCCCUCAGUUUCAAUUUUCAAUUGAGUAGUGUUAUUUGAACAACCAAAUGAGACAACUUAUGUGACAACUUUUGUUUCCUCUCUUUUCAUUGGUCAGAAACAAUGGAGAGAGAAAAAGGAAGAGAGAGAAUAUGAGUAUAAUGUGAAUAUGAGAGAGAAAGUUGUCAAAAAGUUGUCAGAAAGUGGUUGUACAAAUAUCAUUUCUCUUUUCAAUUCCCCUUACCCAUCAGCAACACUACAAACCAGCAAACCAAUUGCGCAAGGAAAUCCCCUUUAGUUUGCAUCAUUUCUAGGCAUGUCAACGGGGUGGGUAUUAUUCCCCACUCUCCGCUCCCAUAUUACACCUAUUCCUUGAUACCCUCCACAAGGAGUUUUUCUCUCCCUACCGCAGCCCCUGCAGAUCACUGCAAAGGUCCGGUUAGCAUGAAAAAUAGCAAAUUAUUCAAAUUCUAUUAGUACAACUCAACAAACACACUGUCAAUUAUUCAUUGUGACCACACCACAUAUCUUCUAAACAAUAUAAUACUUGCAAAUGUCUUACUAAGGACCAUAAAUGGGAAAUCGGCACUACGAUUAUUGUAUCUCAAAAUAAACAAACUUAACCACUAUGACACAAAGCUGUGAUUCAGGGGAUUUUGAAAUUAAAAGAACUUUGCAUCAAUAAAAUACAAAAACAGUAGACAUAUUUUUAAAUGCCUUACUACAGACCAUAAAUGGGAAAUCAGCACAAUGGAAAAAAUGCGAGUCAAGCUUUACAGUAGUUAUUGCCAAGGGAAACUGGCUAUAUCAAUUAGGGGAUAUUGCAUUAACUUCUUUGAAGAGAAGGGAAAUCAACAGAUCUGUGUUCAAAUAACUGCUCAGCUGUGAAGAUAAAGAGGAUGUGAACGCGGCGGGGAUGAAGAGGACACAAACGUAAGCAGAGACGUAAUAGAGCAGGACACCUAAAGCAAGCACAGACGCAUGGAGCAGAGAUGGAGCAUCAGCACAGUGGGUUUAUUAGGGUUUGAAUCUGCUUGGAAGUUGUCAAAGGAAUACAAUGUGAUCUGUUGUUUUUCAGUUCUCCCCCAGCAAUUACUAGUUUCUCAAUUCUCGUGGCGCAGCGAGUUGUUUUUUAUUUUUUUUUCCUUUUUUUUUACUGACAAAAAGAUACAAUAUAAUACUUGCAUACAUUUAUGUGAGGGUGCUCCGUUAAUCUUCUCAGGGAUUGGGGACCUCGUGUGAAAAAAAAUCCCUUCCCGUUGACCCUCGAAUGGGGCAGUCCCCGCGGUGACCCCCACUUCCAGGUGCAAAUAAAACUCCCUAGUUUCCGGUGCACGUGUUUAGCCUGACACAUGGUCUGUGACCAAGUGUUACUAACUACAUUUUGUGUUUAUUAAAUAAACUACUAGGGUUAAGCUACUGUCUUUCAUAGCCAGGGGUCGUGUAUUCUAGUGUUUGAGACAGCAACAUGGAAGAAAACUUUAAUUCCGCGUUUACUUUGCCAAGUAACUCGAAGGAAGAUCCUCAAAUGAAUGUAAGCUUUUUGUUGAUUGAAUCAUUUGACAUCACUGAAUUUCUUCGGAUCAAUUAAUGUGUCUGCUUGAGAUUCAUGCUAUUGGAAUUUUGUUGUGGCUUGUUGGGGAUGGGUGUUUAGUUCUUUGUUUCCUUUUUUUUAAUGUCUCCUAGAUCUAGAUCUUUUCCCUCUUCCAUCUGCUGAACUUUUUGAAAAAAAGAAAAGAUUUUGGAUAUUUAAUUGUGUGAAUAAAAAUCAAUUCCUUUUUGUUAUAUAUAUGGAAUAGAAUUUUAAUCGUGUGAAUUCAAUGCUCGAAUCUGUCCAUCAAUUAUGUUGAUUCUUUGAUAUGUUUGCUAACCUCUUUAUAGCAUUAGCUGGCAUAUUGUGGGCUUGUUGGGUUCUUACCAUUUGUUUGUAACAUAAUUUAGGCUUUUGUUUGUACCUUUAUCAAUGUGAGUUCUUCUUGCUGAAGAAAGGAAUUUGAUUUCUGUUCGGGUGGAUGGAUAUGUUACUCAAUUAAAGAUAGCAUUUUGUAAUAUACUAACCAGUCAUCAUGAUUUCGUGUUUGAUGGUUUUUGUGGUUUUACUGUUAAAUUGUCACUUAUUUAUACUGUUACUGAUAUUUUCUUUUAGGAUUAGUUGUGGGGUUGGGUCUCGAUGAGGAUGCUCAACUCCUAAACUGAUCCUGUUACUAAACCCUAAACGCUAGCUGAAGUAGUGAACAACUACUUUCCUUUCUUCUCCCAAAGAAUGUUAGUGUUUUUGUUGGAACUUAGGUUUGUUACUUGGUCUGGGAUCUUUUGAGUGCUUCUCUCAGUUUGUAACAUUUCUCUCUUCUUGAUUUUGUCUCCUGCUCUUGAGUGUUACCUGGGGUUACUCAAAGGAGGGGUAAUGUCUCUCAUCCCUCUCCUACCCCUUGGAACAUCUCGUGGUAAGCAUUAUGCUCAGCGAAGUAAAGUAUGAUGCUUUGCUUUGUCGAUGCCUCUCCUAAUCAGACUUCAUAAAUGAUGUGUCUUCUUAGUUCUUUCACUUUAUUAUCAUUGAAUCAUUUUGUGUACAACCAGCAUAACAAUUUCAUAAUUUACUCUCUUUAUCAGCAAUUACUCUCCAACUUUGCUGGCUUAAAAUACCUAUGAAUAUUAAAUGCGAUCUAUCACUAUUAGGUUUCCCUUUUUUUUGCAGUAGUACUCCUUAGGAAUAAAGGAAUGCAUGUCAAAUGCUGGAAUAAAGCUUGUAACAUGCACUGUCAUCCUCAAUCUCAUAAAAAAAGUACCGCAAUAAGAAGCAUUUUUAGUAGUUGAAUUGCACUAAAACCAGUGACCUGACUCUCCCACUCCAAUAACGAUACAGUUUCCAAUAUACCUCCUACUCUGUUACAAUCAGAGAGUCACUUAGAGGUUGUUAUCCUCUACGACUCUCCUAUUUCAUAUGGGGCUGUUGCCUAUCAAGCUCACCAUCGUUCAUUUAAUUUUUCUGUCGUUCUUAUUGCAAUAUAAUUAUCUGAAUCAUCGAUGGCAUCACAUGCCUAAUAAACCACAUGGUGUUAUUACUAUAAUAACUACUAUGUUUUUUGUAAAUCUAGUGAGAAAGCUGAGAUAUAACCUUUAUGAUAGAGGAGGGGCUCUGAGCAAAACUUAAGAUAAAGGAAGGACAGCGGUGGCAUGCUUUAUGAGGUCCUUUAUGGCUUAUAGUACGAUGGCAAAACCUAUUGUGUAAAAAAUUAUGCAUUAUAGGAAUGAGAAACUGGGAACGAACAAGCUAAUUAAGUUUGUAUCUUUGAAUGGUUUUAUUUGUUUGUUGAAGAUUUUAUGUGAAUCUGCUUCAUGUACCACUUAUUUCUCAAUUUGUAUAAUUUAUUUACCAAUUUCCUCAACUUUUUGAUGUAAAAUAGACUCUGACGAUCCAUUCUAGAAACACUUGAAUUUUAUCUACGAGGAUAACUGAGACAUUUAGUAAGUUGAGGCUGUGUAAUUUGUGGUUGCAGGAUCAAACUAAAAUGGCAAAUGCAUAUAGAUCAUUUGCAGGUGAAGGAUAUAGAUCAGUUGCAACCGAGGUUUUCUCAACUCCAGUAUGCAAGCAUUGCAUACUGGUCCCAGAAAAGAUCAAAUUAAAAUGGAUCUGAAGAAUCAAUCUGGGAAAUCAACUCUAGCAAUAAAAACUGGUCCCAAAAUGUCUGAUUUUCGUAUAGCAAGGAAGAGGGCGAUGGGGUGUUGCAGAGUCUGUGGUGAACAAGGGCACAACCGACGCUCGUGUUUCAAGUUCCUUUCAUUCAAAGAAAGCAUUUCGAGACAUUAAUGUCUUAAUUAUUUUGUGAGAACAGUUUAUGCAUUCUAUUGUUUGAACUUUUUUAGACUUUUGGCUGGUUUAUGUUUAAUUGAUGUUUCCUUGAACUUUUAAUUUUAUGGAAAUGACAUUCAGAAUGAAGCCUGUUUUAUGGUAA